AUGCUGAACUGGCUAUUAUCUAGUCUUGGACAAGAGCAGACAGAAUCGGUGGUGUUUCAGCAGACCCCACUGAGCUUUCCUCGUCGCUUUUUUCUCAAGGAUCUAUCAGCCAUAACCGCGCCUGUCUUUGCUCUCAAAUGCAGUACUCACCGUGAUGUCGCUGAGAGAGCUGCUCGUACAUGGUUCCAUGAAGUUGGGGUCUACAAUAGCAAGAAGCUCGAUCAUUUCUUGCGCGUUGGGAAAUUCGACCUCUUCGCUGCUCUAUCAUUCCCCAACGCCGACGCCACUCAUCUCGAGACUUGCUUAGAAUUCUUUUUAUGGGCUUUUUCGACAGAUGACUUGUCUGACGAAGGAGAAUAUCAGAAGUCUCCUCGCGAUGUCCAGGCGGGUCACGACAUCAGCAUGCGCGUUCUUCGCGACCAACACGAACCGCGUCCAACAUAUCCUUACGCUGCAAUGCUGUACGAUAUCUUAUACAAGAUUCGGACGACGUCGAGCCAAGGUGUUUACGAACGAUUCUGUCGCGCCUUCGAGGCUUGGAGUAGCUCUCAAGUGACACAGUCUGCCAACAGGAAGGACCGUUUGUUCCCCUCCGUCGAUGAAUUCAUCCUCAUGCGUCGAGCCACAAUCGGCGGUGCCAUGGUUGAGGCGAUGGUGGAAUACUCUCUUGACCUAGAUAUUCCGGCGUAUGUAUUCGAAGACCCCGUCGUGAAGGGCAUGUCGGAUGCGGCGAAUGACGCCAUGACCUGGCCCAACGAUCUGUGCUCGUUCAAUAAAGAGCAAGCAGAUGGAGACUAUCAGAACCUGAUAUGCAUCAUCAUGGCUGAACGCGGUGUUGAUCUACAGACUGCAGUGGACAUCCUCACAAGCAUGCUUGCAGAACGGGUACAGGACUACGCGGACCUGAAGCGCAAGCUCCCCUCCUUCGGAUCCGAGAUCGAUGCGCGCUUGGCAACGUAUCAUGAGAAUCUGGAGCACUUCGUACAAGGGACCGUGGUGUGGUACUACAAUAGCCCGCGAUACUUUCCCCCUCACGGCAAUGCUGAACCGAAGGACUUGCAGAUAGAGCUGAUGGUCAAUACGCAAUCAAGAGAUCCGCAGGACAGACUUAGCAAAGACGCUGUCGGGAUCCUUCAUUCUAUCACCCAAUCAUGCGUGUAUCUGUACCACCGUUUGUUCUAG